AUGAGUUCGCUGGAGGACGCCCUGGGAGACAGCGCCAUGGCGCCGACCAUCGGCUCCCGGGUCUCCGCCGCCCGCAUCGCCGUCGUCGAGCUCGAGGACGACGACGACGACACCGCCGCCUCCACCCCCGCCCCCCGCUCCCGCGCCUCCCGGGGCCUCCUCGACGCCUCCUCCUCCUCCCCGGCCUUCCCCAAGCGCCGGCUGCCGAUGUCCCCCAUCUGCAUCGACGACGACACCCCUCCGCCCCCGCCGAAGCGCGGGGCCUCCCCGGGGUUCGUCCCGUGCUCGCUCAGCCCCCGCUCCGGCGGCGAUGGUCCCCGCACGCCUGAUUCUGUUCUCCGGCGCAAUAUCGACUUCGAAGAUGCCGCUGAUCUGGAGAUCCCCGGGUCGGCUUCCCCCGGCUCUGCCGACCCCGACAUUGUUGUCCUGGAGACCCCGGGCUUCACCACCUCGCGCGCGGCCGGGCCUUCCAGCGUCCCAGUCGGGACUCCCCCGUCGUUCGUUCCGUGCUCACUCGCCCCCCAAUCCCGUGGCGCUGCUGUUCCUAAUGCGCCUGUUCUUCCGCGCUCGUUCGACUUUGAUGCUGCUGAUGAUUUGGGGAUCCCUGGGCCGGCUUUCCCCGGAUCUACCGGCCCCAACGCUGAGACACGUUUCUUCCCCAACCCGCGUUUGGAUGUGGCAGGCCCCUCCACUUUUCGAGGACCUUCUUCCCCGAUAUCUUUGGAUAGUGAUGAUGAGCUGGAUGACUUUGGGUACAAAGAGCCAUCGGGCAAUUUGAUUUUACCCUGUGAAGAGUCCAUGCGGGAAGAGGAGAGAAACGACAACACAGAAGAAGGAAAGACAACGCAGGAAAAGAGGAGACUAAUAAAGGAAGGGAAAGCGAAAAUGGUUGAAGAAAAGAAACGACAGCGGGAGGAAAAUAAGCUCAUGAAAGAAGCUAUUAAAGCUCAAAAGGCAGAGCAGAAGAAAUAUGCAAAAGAAAAAGACGAGUGGGAAUCAGGAAAACAUGCUUUAAAAUCUAUUGUGGCUGAGAUCGACUCAACAAUCAUUGAAACUGGCUCAGUUGGAGGUACCCUUCUAACAAGGUUUGCGGAGAAGGGCCUUAAGUAUCGAGUUCAGGCUAAUCCAAUCAAGGGAUCGAUUUUGUGGAAGAUGGAGGUUCCUCAAAUUGGCCAGGACCCAGCUUCAGUGGCAGAAGUACCGUAUAUUCUAUUUGUGCUUCAAGCUGAGGAAUUCUGCGAUCUUAUCAGCAGUGGGUUCUUCUGGGAUCAUGUUCGCCUUGUUCAAGAUCGCUAUCCAACAUUCACUGUUUGCUACGUCACUAAUAAAUUGAUGAACUACAUAAAUAAAUGCGAGCGGGCUCAGUAUAGGAAUGCACCCAAUGUUAAUAGCUGGAAACGCCCACCAGUGGAAGAGGUUUUAUGCAAGUUAGCAACACACCAUGUUAAAGUUCACUCAAGGCAAUGCACAGAUGAAGCUGAAGUAGCCGAGCAUGUUGUUGGCUUGACAUCUAGUCUUGCAAAUUGCAGAUUCAGGAAACCACUGUCAUGGUUAUCUGUCCAUGCUAAUGGUGCAGUGAUCCCUAAAAAUUUCAUUGAUAAAGAUCUGGCUAAGAAAGAUACCUGGAUGAAGGCUCUAAUAGCUAUCCCUAAAGUCCAGCCAAGGUUUGCCCUGGCAAUCUGGAAGAAGUACAGUACCAUGAGAUCCCUUCUGAAAGUAUAUAUGGAUUCCACCAAAACUGUUCGCGAGAAGGAGCUUCUGCUGCAGGACCUGAUGUGCGAGGACCGCGUAGGCGAGGAAAGCCGAAGGCUGGGACCAGUAUGCUCUAGAAGGGUUUACAGGACUCUCAUGGCAGAAGAUGGAGCAGUGGAAGCGGAUGCUGCUGCCGAGUAACCCUAACGGUAGAUCGUGUGGUCCCCUCGGACCUGCCAAGCUAGUGCGUAUGUAUUGGGUGUUGCACCACCAAGCUAAAACUUAAAACUCCACGCAGCUAGUAUUGUAAUGAAGCCAUUACUUGCUGUGCUGCACGGUGGCGCUUAUCAUGUUCAGCGAGACUUGUACGAAAGCAGAACUAGAAGGAUCUUAUGCUUAGGGGAUUGACGUGUGGAAUGCUAUGCUAAUAUAUACUGUAUGUAUGUAAGAUGAGUCGUGUGUUGUGAAGUUGUGUGUUGGUAUUC